AGUGCAGUAAUUAAAAGUGUUGAUGCCUAAUGGAUCUCCUAAGCUUUUAAUUUUUGAUUUAUUUGAAGUCUCACAAUCUUAACAAGUCAACAAACAAAUUUGUUUGAGCAACUCUGACGUCAUGUAUCAACCACUGGAAACCGACAAGGAGAACCUAUUCAAAAAGUACCUUCGGAUACUAGCGGUGGUUGCCGCAUACUGGGUUAUAUCCAUACUGACCGUAUUCGUCAACAAAGCUCUGCUAAGUGGUUUGGAUCUGGACGCACCACUUUUUGUAACAUGGUUCCAGGUGUUGACCUCGUCCAGUAUCUGCUUUGUAAUGAGUUCACUAAGUAAACGGUUCCCAAGGAUGUUCAAUGUUCCUUCUGGAAAUCCACUGGACAAGGAGGUAUUCCGCAAGGUACUGCCACUGUCACUGCUGUUUACGGCGAUGAUCGCCACGAAUAAUCUUUGCCUGAAGUACGUCGGUGUGGCAUUCUACUAUGUAGGGCGCUCGCUGACAACGGUGUUCAACGUCGUUCUGACCUAUCUGCUGCUGGGACAAAAGACCAGCGGUAACGCGGUGCUGUGCUGUUUGCUCAUCGUCGUCGGAUUUUGGAUCGGAGUCGAUCAGGAGAGUUUGACGGAAUCGUUUUCGCUCAUUGGAACAAUCUUCGGUGUGCUCGGUUCUCUGAGUCUGUCACUGUAUUCGAUCUACACCAAGAGGACCUUGCAGUUUGUCAACCAGGAAGUAUGGCUGCUGAGCUAUUACAAUAAUGUUUACUCGGCUGUUAUCUUCAUUCCGUUGAUGCUGAUCAACGGGGAGCUACCGGUGGUUAUGAAUUACGAACACCUCGCAGAACCGUGGUUCUGGGGCGUGAUGAGCAUCGGUGGUGUUUGUGGCUUUGCGAUCGGUUUCGUAACGGCUCUCCAGAUAAAGGUAACGUCACCGUUGACGCACAACAUUUCCGGAACGGCUAAAGCGUGCGCUCAAACCAUACUGGCUACGACCUGGUUCAGCGAAGUCAAAUCAUUCCUCUGGUGGACAUCCAAUAUCGUAGUGCUGGUCGGAAGUGCGUUCUACACUCGGGUAAAACAGCUUGAAAUGAAUCAAAGUCAUCGAGCACAAAUGAACAGCCAAAAAGUUUGAACAAAUCAUAUGUAAUUCCUAUCUUAAUGAGAACAAACUAAUGUGUGUAAUAAAUCCUAAU